CGCUGCUCUUUUGUUUUUCGCGCCCUUUAAACUUUGAAAUGUCAAAAUUUAAAAGUCUUCGGGUUCGGGACGGUAUCACUGACCUCCGUCCUCCGUCUUUGAUUGGGUGUUUCGUUCUUAGCCACCGUUACAGUUUUGAAGGCGGCAAACAUGAUGAGCAGUCAAGAGAUUAGUAUUUCUGAUGAGAGUGCUGGAUCAUCAGUAAGAGCUAAUGAAAUUCCUAGGUCAAAGGUCUUCUUUGUGCAGGCUCUUGACAAAGCAGCCCACAGAGAGAUAGUCUACAGGAAAGUUAAAGAAGUGGUUACAGAAGGAAAAGCUGACUGUUCCUCCCCAGAAAUUGUUUAUCUUGGUCACUGUGGAUGGACAGCAGUUGGCCAGGUGGUUAGUCCAACCUACUUUGCCAUGGGGCUGUGCCGUAAGUUAAAGCUCUUGCCCUCAGAACGGUGCACCCUUUUACCUCUUCGUGACCAGUAUCAAGCAAUACAGUUGUGUUUGGCAAGAAUCAAUAAGAAGAAAUCAGGUGACUUUUCUGCACCUGUCAGUGAUGUACUAGACGUGUGGAAUGAACUGUACCGAGAAACUGUUACUUUAGACAAUGCUUCCAAGCUGCUUUCAGUGGAUGAUGAUGAAAAUGAUGGUGAUGAUGACUGUUGUUUAAAUCUUCCCAGCUCUAGGAGGAAAAGUUAUGACCCUGUUGUAAGAGAAAUGCAAGAAAUUGUUCGUGACUAUCAAGAGUUUAUCAAGUCAUCUGGGUUUAUUGAUCACUUUUUCAUCUUCAAUGCCCUUAAGAAGUGGCUAAAAGAAGAAAAUCAUAUCACUGAGCAUAUAGGUUCCAAGGCUUUCAUUCUUGAAGGGGUAGAUCAAAUGCUAGCAAUGGAGAGGGAACUUUUAAAGUUGCUCUUAAUUAAAGCUCAGCCUAUAAAAGUUGUUGUAGCAGAGUCUUUGGUUGAUGGGAAAUCUGUGUGUGACUUCGAUAUGUCUGGUAUUGGUGAAGAUGCUAUGAAUACAUCACAAAUGUCAGUGGCCGAUUCAAAAGAUGAAGAACCUGUUGGUAACUCUGUCCUAUCAGUGCCCCCUAAAGAGUCUCCAUUCGCCAUUGAAAUAGAGGAUUUAGAAUUUGGUCUUGAUGAAUACAUAGAAGAGCUCCCAAGAAGUUCAGGCACUGUUGACUUUAGGGAUUCAGAACUGUAUGUUGAGCAUCUAAUUUUGGCACACAUACGGUUACUGGUGAACACUAGGGACGAGCUUGCUAUAGCUACCUUGUGCAGCAUGCCAGGGAGAGAGAUCACUCAACAAGGAUUUUAUGACAUCAAAGAGGAGGCACAGAAAAAAAACAUGUCUAUAUAUCAGACCAUUUUAUCAUUCAUCAUGCGUCUUCGCCUUGGUGGAAAGGGAUAUCAAGCUGACCCAGACUGCCCUCUUUUACUUCAUUCAAAGCCUUUAGGAGAAUUUGUUGAUUCUAUUAUGAAACUCCAGAAUAUUGUUGAAGAGGAACCUAAUCCAAGGAAAGGGGCUGUUAGAGUCUUGUCUUUAAUUAAGAAUGGGUUGUUAAGAAUAAGAGGCCGUGCAUUGAAAGCUGCUUGCAUCGAGAAAGUAUGGGAAAUCGUGUACUCUGCAUUUUGUAGGCUUACUCAAGACCCAGAUGAUAAUGGAGAACCCAAGGAUGUAGGAGACAAGCCCAAGCUUCAGCAGACAACUGGUGCAUUAAGGCCAUGUUUGAAGUUGCUUAUUGCAUUGUGCGAUGAAGCCAGCAGCCGAGGGGCUGAAGAAGUUGAUUCUCUUAGUGAAAACUUUGUGACCCAAUGCAACAGUUCAAAGAAAACUACUACACCCAUCAGAAUACCAACAGUUUUGUCACUCUUUAGCUCCCCCAUUGAAGGAAUUGUAGCUUCAAAUGAAGAUGAAGACUAUGACAGCAGCUUGAGAAUGCGGCUGAUGACUUGUAGAGGGCAAACGCCAAAAACCAAUAAUGCAACAAGGUUCAAGUCAGGAUGUUCAUGGGCACCAGAUGAUCUUUCACCUGUAAAUAAAGGUGAUGUAAGUCUAGACACUACAUUAUCACCUAUAGUUGGCCCCACAUUAAGAGCUGUUGGCAAAACAAGCAAAAGUAGCCAAAAUUGGAGAGAGAUUGUGGAAGCUGUAUCUCAGGAAGAGGAGGAAAGACGAAAAGAAGCUGAAUCAUUGCUUCUGAAGGAGAAAGCUUCUAAGCCAAGUAAGGGAUCAAAGCCAGAUGAGAAGAAAAGUAAGCGAUCUCUCCUGACUGAUAUUUCCAAUAUAGCUGCAUCAGAAGCAAAUGGUAAGAAGUCAAAAACGUCAGGCACCGUAAAGAAAUCCCCAGUGAAGAAGAAAAGUAAGGCCCUUCCUGUCCCAAAAGGGCAGAAGCCCAUAACUUCUUUCUUUAAGGCUUGAGUGUUUCCUCCAACUUAUGAACUAGUCAAGAUGACAGCAAAGAUCAUUAGCUUUGUACAUAUGCCACUAAGUUUUUUAAUUAUGGGUUGGUUGCUAGAAUCAUGUAAUAUAUAGAACUAAAAAGAGGAAAAUUAUGCCAAAGAUAAUGCCAAUAUAGUUUUAAUAAAUACUACAGAGUUGUCUGUAAACAUAUCAAGUCUUUCAUACUGUGCUCUUUUAGCUAUUUAAUAUAUAAAGGAUUUACAGUGGUUUUUAAAUAUGACUGCUCAUGUAAGAUACUGUACAGUAAAUCAGAUGCAAUGUUCAUACAUAUAAUAUACAUAAUAACAAAGAGAAGUGUGUAGUUCCAAGUAUUUGACUUCAUUUGAACUCUGAUAUUUUUAAGACUUCAUUUGAACUUAGCUUUUUUAAACAAAACCAAAUGGAAGCCAACGUAAUUUUUGUUAGAAAGUGAGUUAAAAUUAUAUCAUACGGAGGAUUGAACUCAAGAACAGAUUGCUAAAGGCAAGGUUUUGGUAAAUUUAGAACUCUGAAUCUACUUCAUGGUUUCUCAUUAUUCAGAAUCUGUAAAAAUGUCACGUAAAGCAUUAAGAUAACACUCAACCUAUUAUAUCCAAGGCACUCUAUUUCCCACUCAUUUUACUGUCAAAAGCAAUGUAAUAGUCAAACUUUUUUUUCUGGAAAUUUUCAUUUCGUAACAGUUAGAUGUAACAACACUCUUAAGAUUAUUAGUGCUCUUUGAUAACAUAAUGAUCAAUAUUGACAUUUUCAAAACCAUUCAAGGAUAGUUAUAAAAUUGGAACACAAAUAUCAGAAUUAUGUUUUUAAUACAGUACUAUUACAAACUAACAGGAAUAACUUUGAAAAAUCACUUAAGUGGCAAAACAUCUUAAAAAUUUAAAUUAUUUCAUAUUUUUAGGAACCUAAUUAUGUGUUAGAGUCCAAUGUGUGGAAAAUGAAACUUAACAUUUCAAAUAAAAAAAAAAAAAAAAAAAAACUGUUUCCAUUACAUUUUUCCGCCAUUCCAUUUCAGCAUUUUAAAGAUUUUAACAUGUAAAGUAUUCUUAACAGCUACUAACUUUUGUUGGUUAUUGCUGACAUAGGUUGAAACAUGCUUUCAAUGUUUAUAUGGUAUGAUUAAUGUACAUCUAACAUUAAAAAGGUUUUCUGUAUGAUUUA